GCAGGUUUUCACAAUAUUUUUUUCCCCUCUUGAAGAUUGUCGAAGCAAUGCGCCAGACCGUGACCAAUAUGAUUGGAACACUCCCCCCUCAAUUUUUUGCAGUGACCGUCACCACAGUUGCAGAAAACUUGGCGCAGCUCAUGUAUAGUGUGAUGAUGACUGGUUAUAUGUUCAGGAAUGCACAAUAUCGUCUGGAGUUGCAGCAAAGUGUAGAAAAAAUUGCACUUCCUGAUGUAAAAGAGGAUGUCCCAAAUUAUGCACCUGGAUCCCAGAAGAAAGUGAGUGGAGAAGUUAUCAGGUGGAAUAAGGUUUCUGGCGCCGAGAAAAUGGAUGCAGUAAAAUACAUAGAGUAUCUUGAAGCAGAAAUUGAGGAGCUGAAUCAACAAGUUAAGAGGAGAUCCACCAACGGACAUAAUGAACUUUUGGAGUAUCUUAAAACCCUUGAGCCUCAGAAUUUGAAGGUAUUAAACCUGCUAUUUUUUUUUAAUGUGAUGUGA